AUGUCCAUUGUAUAUCCACAAGCUGCUCCUGAGCGUGAACAAGAAUUAGCCUUGAAUUAUCAAGGUGUUUUACAACAAGUUGAAAAUUUAUCAAAGGAACAUAAUAUUAAAUCAUCUAUAACAUUAGUAGCUGUAUCUAAAUUAAAACCAUCGAGUGAUAUCAUGGCAUUGUAUAAGGCUGGUGUGCGUCAUUUCGGGGAGAAUUAUGUCCAAGAAUUGAUAACUAAAUCUCAAGAAUUACCUCAAGAUAUAAACUGGCAUUUCAUUGGUGGUUUACAAAGUGGGAAAGCAAAAGAUUUAGCUAAAGGUGUGAGAAGUUUAUAUGCCGUGGAGACCAUUGAUGCAUUAAAAAAAGUGAAACAAUUGGAUAGAGUACGUGGUGAAGUAGAAGGAAGUGUGAUAAAUGUCUACCUUCAAAUCAAUACUUCUGAAGAAGAACAGAAAUCAGGUUAUUCCCUCCUGGAUUUAAAGGAUAUAAAUGAGACUAUUGAGUUCAUUUUAUCUGAUGAAUGUAAGAAUGUCAAAUUAUUAGGAUUAAUGACAAUUGGAUCAUUUCAAGAAUCCACUGCUGAAGGUGAAGAAAAUCAAGAUUUUAAAAAAUUAGUUACUUUAAAAAAUACCUUAGAUGAAAAAUAUAACAUUAAUUUAGGUCUCAGUAUGGGUAUGAGUAGUGAUUAUGCUCAAGCUAUUAAACAAGGUAGUACCAAUGUUAGAGUUGGUACAUCUAUCUUUGGUGUCAGACCUCCAAGAACUUAA